AUGUUUGGCACAUAUCCCGCCCUGGCAAAUCUGCCAACCGCAGUCAAGAUCGACCCGAAAGACAUCCCACCUCCAACGCCAGUCACGUUGCCACAGAGCCGGCCCCAGCUGAAGGCUUCGACGACGACGCCAGCAGGCCAGAGGAAGCCAUUGACUUCUGUCCUGCAGGACAUCUAUCGCCCCGGGGACAUCAACACCGCCAUAUUCGACGCCUUGGGGGUUCACCUCAUCCCGGAUGCUCCCACCGCGGAUCUCAUUCCCGAUUCCGCUUACCUGCCCGACUUUGAAGGCUGGGGCAAGCUCUCCCCUGAGGAGGCACGUGAGAAGAAUGCCGAAACUCGGGUGGUUCUGAAUAACGGCGUUCAGUCGCCCGGCUGCCAGACCUUUCUCGACCGCCAGCGUGAGCUAUCUCACUCAAACGAGGAUGCGUUCCGAACCGUGAGGCGCAUUCCCGCACCCAAGGGGCAGCAGCAGGCACGCCUAGGUAACUCGUACGAGUUCUUCAGAUGCCUGGAGGCCUUCACUACCUAUUGGGAUGACCCCACGAACCCCUAUGUGCAUACUGGGGAGGCCCAAGAGGCCAAGGACGUCGUCAUCGACGGCGACAAGGCCGAGCGGGACAACCCGAAAACACCGGAGCGGCCUCGCAUUUUCCGCACCUCGACCGGCUCAUCGAUGCCGGGCGAGUACCGCCAGAGCCUGUUGACGGCCUUCCUCAAGCUCGUAGCAUAUGAUUUCGGCUGCAACGUCUCGGCUCCCCGGACGGAACCCCGUCUGCACGUUACUAGCGGGCCCGCGCCAUCGUCGCAAACGCAACUCUCCAAGCGCCAGCAGGCAGCAGCCGCCGCCGCCACCCCGAGGACGUCGUACUUCGCCUCCGGGUGUACCUUUAUCUUCCGGACCCCUCGCACGCGAGAAGCGGCCCGGCAGGGCAUCGUAGAGGGGCCCCUUGCCGCCGUCUCGGCGCGCGCAAGCAUCUCGUUUGAUAAAGAGAACGAAGAGGUUAUUGACCUGGCCCGCGAGCUCGUCGCCGCUCUCCUCACGGCCCAGCACCGCGCGCGCGAGGGCAAGACGGAGAAGAAGUUUGGCGAUGGCGCGUGGUGGACGACGAAGCCGCGCUGGGGCGGCGGGUCCGGCGGGCCCAUCGGGCGCGAGGUCGAGCGGGACGCCAUCCAGGGUGACAAGGACGACGCCGCCGCCGCCGCCGCCUCCGGUGCCGGAGCUACUGCCUCCGCAGAGAGGGGCCAGCCCGCCGCCAAGAAGCCGCGCAAGAACAUGUCCAUCUACGACAACUACCGUAUGGUCCGCCCUCCGUCGGCCAGCUGGGACCGCAAGACGCGCUACGAGGCCAUUGGCAAGGUCAAGGGCGUUGGGUACGACGACGUCUACGUGAUUAGCUCGCUGUUCCACCACAUUAGCGUGCUGCGCGUGCGCGUGCCCGAACGGCUUCUCGAGGUGCUCGAGGGCGCGGCCGAGCAGGCGGGCAACGAUGAUGUUCACAGGAGCUGGGGACAGGUUGAGGCGCGCCGGAGCCCGUGGUAUGAUUUCUUUGUGCUCGAGGAGCGGCUCGAGGCUAUGAAGCUUGUUUGGUCGCUCAUGGGCUGGCUGAUGAGAAAGCCUGAGGAGGAGGAGGAGGCGGUGACGGUGGGAAAGACGGAGGAAGAUAUCAAGAUGGUUGAUGCUUGA